GCCAUGAGUUGCGUAUGGACCACAAAGGGACAAAGAAGAAAACUCCCGAUAAGGCCUUCGGUUGUGCGUGCCACACCAGGUAGAAGAAGAAGAGGAACAUCUACUUCAUGGAAUGGCCGACGAAGACAAUACUCUUGUAACAUCGCGGCUGACAACAAACUCUCUCUAUAAUGACCAAGUUCGUCGACCUGGAGGCUCUCAGAAAUCUCCUGGAAUGGCUACGAGAAGAGCCUGCGGUCAUGUACCCAGAGAAAAGCUCGGUACCAACGGGACUAGGGACCCGGGGAUUAUCGCGUCAGUUCCUCAUCGCCCUGGGUGCUGGGAUGACUUUCGGCUUCGGCUUUGCCUGGCUUCUGUUCGGAGCCCUGGACGAGAGCCGCUUCUGGAUGGGAAGCACUUUGGUGUGGACGUCGGGACCCCCGGGGCCGCGGCUGUCCUUCUAUAGCGCGGGACCUCAUUCGCACGUGGACAGCGACGACGAAGCUGGUCCGGAUAAACCGUUGACGUUCCACGGGACGGACGAGGAGUUCCAUCAUAAAGACGAAGACCGCGUGGCACAGAUACUUAAGAAACGGGUGCGUCUGCUGUGCUGGGUGAUGACCAACCCAGCUAACCACGCCAAGAAGGCGAAACACGUGAAAGCCACGUGGGGCCGCCGCUGCAACGUGCUCCUUUUCAUGAGUUCCCAACUGGACCCCGAGCUACCUGCGAACGCCUUGCCUGUCCACGAAUCUCGAGCUCAUCUCUGGGGGAAGACCAAGGCCGCUUUCAUAGAGGUGUACAACAACUACCUGAACGAAUCGGACUGGUUCCUCAAAGCUGACGACGACACCUACGUCAUAGUCGAAAAUCUCAGGUACUUCCUCCUGGACAAGAACUCCUCCGAACCCAUCUACUACGGGUGUCGUUUCAAGCCAUACGUGAACCAGGGCUACAUGAGCGGAGGGGCAGGCUAUGUGCUCAGCCGAGAAGCAGUCAAGCGAUUUAUAGAGCAGGGCCUUCACGAUCCCACCAAGUGCCGCCAAGACCAGGACGGCGCAGAGGACGCGGAGAUUGGAAAAUGUCUGGAGCGAGUGGGUGUCCAGGCGGGGGACUCCCGGGACACUCUUGGGAGAGGAAGGUUUUUUCCACUGGUGCCAGAGAGUCAUCUUAUCGUUGGUCGACUGCCCAGAGAUAUAUGGCUGCGGGGGUAUGUUUACUACCCCCUUAAAGAGGGAAUGAACUGCUGCAGUGAUACAACUAUUUCAUUCCACUACAUUAGCCCAAACAUGCUGUAUGUCAUGGAGUACCUCAUCUACCACCUUAGGCCACAUGGAAUAGACUGCAGGGUGCAUCGCAGAGAAGACAAUAGUGCAUCGAACAACACGCACUGGACUGCAGUGUAACUGUGUGCCGUGUCCACAGUGAUUUCGGUGCACAAACUGCCAUAAAAGUACCAAAUAUGCUCAUCAACGGAUUUGCCUGUGGAAAGAGUGCAGCAUCACAUACCCUGUGGUCAUUCUCGAGCAACACCCUCCCCCUCCUUAUUCAGGAACCAGAGUGGACAUUUUUAUUAUGCUUAAUUUGCUGUAAAGGCAGAUUGGCAAGACCAAUUUAAUAAGAAAAAAAAAGAUGUUGGAAUGCUGGAAUGCUUCCCCAAGAUUGACCUACCAACUUUAAGUUGGAAAAUAAAUUUUCCAUGGCUUUCCUUUUGAGUCAUGCAAAAUA